AUGUCGUCGAAUGGAUUGGGCAUCCCAUUGAAGAUUACCGUCAUCGGUGCUGGCAUGGCCGGUCUUUCAUCAGCAAUAGCACUCUCAGACAUAAACCCCGACCAUCAGAUUACAGUCCUGGAAUCAAACACCUCCCUCAGCGAGUUCGGCGCUGGACUGCAACUCUUCCCAAAUAGUACCCGCAUUCUACACAAAUGGGGCCUAACACCAUCUCUGGAAAAAGUCGCCUUCCAAUCCUCCCACAUGUCCGUUCGCCGCUGGGAAGACAACACCGAAUUGUCCUUCAACAUGAAUAACCCUACCAGCACAUGGCUCUACGGCUGGCCCCAAUGGCAGGUUUACCGACCAGACCUGCAGCAAGUGCUCUUUGAGCGCGUAAAACAGCUACCCAACGUGUCCGUUGUUUUCGGAAAAUCCGUUAAGUCCGUGGACCACGAGACCGGCACAGUCUAUACAGCAGACGGUGAGGCUAUCGAGGCGGAUCUCACAGUCGCAGCAGAUGGGAUCUGGUCCAAGACUAGACGAUGCUUACCGGCGUCGAAGGAUGUGGCUCCUACCCCGUAUCGGGAACAUAAUUACCGCGCUGUGAUUCCCCGAUCGCGGAUGCUCUCUAAUCCCAUUACUGCACCAUUUAUGGCUUCUCCAGAAGCAAAAACUUGGGUGGGACCUGGCGCAUUCGUUUUGGCUUAUACAGUUGCCUCGAGCGAGUUAUAUAAUGUUGUUAUUGGUGUCCCGCGACCGAGCGAAGGGGUACCCCUUGGAUCAUGGAAUCAUCCUGCCGAUAUUGAGACAAUGCGUGGGCUUGUUUCAGAGUGGUGUGAGGAGGUGCAAGCGUUGGCGUCACUGAUUCAAGAAGGGGAAUGUGUUUCCUGGACCUUGGGUGAGGUGGCUCCUAUUCCCAGCUAUGUUAGUGCGUCUGGAAGAGUAGCGCUAGUUGGGGACGCAGCACAUGCUCUUCUUCCUCAUGCUGCACAGGGGGCGGGAAUGGCGAUUGAGGAUACAGCGAGUCUGGCAGAGUUCUUGGGAUUUCUAAAGUCGAAGGAGGAUCUAAGCAAGGUGAUGGGUGUGUGGAGCCAGUUUAGACAAGCUCGUGUGGAGCAUUUGCGCAGCAUCAGCUGUGGCAAUGCUGUUGAUAUGACCCUUCCGGAUGGCGAACGUCAAAUUGCGCGAGAUGCUAAAUGGAAUGCUAUUCGCGAUCUGCAACGGUCGCAGUUGGCUGAACUUGGACCCGAGAAGAUUAGAGAGAAGAUAAUCAGGGAGAGGCCGGUGCCUGAUCCAGCUUGUAAAAGCACAUUUGAGCCUGGUGGUAGAAUGUGGGUCAAUGGGUUUGAUGUGAGUGAGGAGAGUAGGAAGUUUUGUCGCGAGCAUUUAGGACUUGAGUUAUCAGCUAGGAUGUGA